AUGUCCCAACAUCACCAAUACGCCUACCCGGCAACAGCUCCCGCUCCCAGAGCAUACUCUGGACACGGAACCAGCAGCGCCUUCAGCAGCUCCGCCAACCCUGAUGAAGACUGGACCAAGAUCUCCGACCUCGCUGAGCGCAGGAGGAUCCAGAACCGCAUUGCCCAGCGCAACUACCGCAAGAAGCUCAAGAGACGCCUUGAGGACCUCGAGAGACGCGCUGGCCAGGAAGGCACAUCCCCCACCGAGAAGCCCGCGGCAACCAAGAGCACCAAAAGCAAAGCGGCGGGCAAGACACAAAAGACGCCCCCUCCAACAAAGACCAUGAACCAGGGCCAAUUCACUCCUCCUAUGAACAACGACGACGAGGUCUUCUUCGCACAACAGCACUACGAGGAUGACCGCGGCAGAUCCAUCACUCCUCCGUUCCUCACAUACUCAACCUACCCCCCGGCUGAAGAGAUGAUCAUGGCUCCCGCCUACACCACACAACCGUACCCCAUGUCUGCCGCCGAGUAUCCCACAUAUCUCGCCGCAACGGUACCGGUCACGCUACCGCCCAUGAACCACUUCCAAGACGCCAUCAAGCGCGAAUCGUACCACAGCGACGACGGUCUUUCUCCCUACAUGAACUACGCGUACAUGCCCAGCAUGGACAUGAACGCGCAAAACUCCUACGACCCCACGAACCCUCAUACUCCUCCGCUCUCACACUCGUUUGACCACUCGGCCAACUGUUCCGACGCCGGCUACGAAGAGCGCAGCGCGAAGGAGAAGGAAAAACGAAUAUGCAACAUCCCUGUCUAUCGGAGCGUAGCAUUUCUGGCGACCACAAUUUGGCGUGGCUUUGGCCAGGAGUUCGGGGGCGCGACGGCGUUUCACUUUGGGCAGACUGAUCACAUCGAGGGUCGUCUUGUUACGAGGUUUGAUACGGCAGUCCAAAAUUUAAAAGACGAGAUUUGGAGCAUCCGCCUUGACUGUUGUGAGGUGUUCGUGCUUGGAAAGGUGUCCGAUGACGAGAUGGGCGUUGGUAUGGGGGCCGAAAGGGCGGCAGCAAUAGGACGGGACAGCCUGCUCGAGACUCGAGAUACAAACUACAAGUCUUGGCCAAGGUCAAGGCAGCUGACAAAGCACUUUGAGGAGCAGACCUUUUGGGGAUUUUUACCGAAUUGUGGGAGGAAUUGUUCCCAUGAUACCUCACUCCUGAAGAAGACGGUGAUUGUCGAUAAAUGGAAAGACCGGGAUUCCAGCAAUCCCGAGGAAAGCAGUACACUAGAGAUGAACGAUGUUGCGGUACCACCCACGAAUGAGCCUCUGCCGCAAGCGAGUACUCGACAGGGAUCAGAGACCAAGACAACUGGAGAGAGCGGAAUGGGGGGAACGAGGGGCGGAAAGCAUAUACGCGAGAAUACCUAUCGUCGCUCCAUUUUCUUCAACAUAACGCGCAACAUAACGCACAACAAGGCUCCCCAAAAGUACCUGAAACAAGAUUACGAAGACAUCAGGGAGAUUCACGAGCAAACAACAGGGAAUCUGUGCCUUGGACAAAUUCCCGACGGGCGGAUGUUCGCCCGUAGCCCGGUCGGAUCUUGUGAAUCUUCGUCAUAUGCCUUUACGUGUCUUGGGGCCGGACGCCGUGGCGGUGGAACGGCUUUGGUAGUCGUGGCCUUCAGCCAAAAGUCCCAAAAGAUGGCACUUUCUGAGGAUUGUCUAAGCAUGCCUUACACGGCAAAGUCCGAACAGCCUGCCGCCGCCUUUUACUUGCCCCCUUCUAUGAGGAGCAUGAGAGGAGAGUUCUUACACAUGACAAAUGGAGCGGGAAUACGGCGUGUCAAGAGCAUGAAAUGGGUGGCAGAGCCGGGCGUCGAGAAGGUCUCAAUACAUCAUGUCAAAAGGGAACUUUGGCUGCUGUUGCAGGGCAUUCGCAAGGUGUGGCAUGGCAUGCGAUCAACGCCUUCAUGGGUCGAUGAUGGUUGGGCGGACGGUCCGGGGAUGGCAUUCGGAUGGCCCAAGGGAAGUACGGGAUUUGAACCGCUUCGCUUGUCACUCUUCCCUACUGCUGCGAGCUGCGUUUAUUUCUCGAUUAGGGAAGCAUGGCCAUUGUCGUACAAAGAGAGAGAGGCCGACCCGCCCCAGGGUUAUCACUCGGGCUCUGGGUCAAGAGUUGCCGGCGACCGCAUGAUACGCAGAAGGGGAACUGACUUGCACGUAUUGGAGGCGCUUUGCCGCGAAACCCUGGAACGUCGGUCGAAGAGGAGGAGUAGGGGAAUUGUUGAUGAGGCCAUGCUCCCCUUGGCACUGAUUGACUACAAGAGAUUGGGGAACUUAUGGGAGGCGUUUCUAAACUUUACCACGGCCAGUCUCCAAAAGCUUAGCAACUUUUGGGCUAGUUUCUACUACCAGUCUUGUAUCCGAACGCCUACGGAUGUUGUUCAACUGGGGGAAGUCGCCGGAAAGUCGCCGAGGGCGGCAGAACGCCAUCUUUUUGGAGGGAGGAGGAAGACAGCCGAGUGGGAGGGGAGUGCGGGAUAA